CGCUCCUUGUGACGAACUUCGACUUGACCUUUCGCCUCUCUUCUCUCCUCCCUCUGAUAUCAGCCCUGGGGUGUCAAUUCUAUCAGCAGCGCCGAGCCAAAAUUCUCGGAUGGCUAUCGCAGCUUCAGCCAGCGGCUCAGGCCCAGCUGGAUAUGCUUUUGUCUGUUGUCGGUACGUUGCAUGGUAACUCUCCUGCACGCACGGACAUACAGAACAAAGACAUGAACGGUACUGUCAUCAACAUGCAUGGCUUUGUGAGGCGGGCCAUGAUGCUGCUAUGUCACGUCACAGACAAAGGGCACAGCCGAAGGCGGUUUGACCAUCCGUCAAAGAUGGCCAUUGUGCGUCACAUGAAUGGUCCAGAGGCCCUCUCUGAAUCGUAUAAAGGCCUUUGCAAAGAAGGCGCUGUGCAUAGUUCCGAUUCCUCCCUUUCCACAUUGACUUGCUCCUUGCCACCACCGGAACCGCUACGAUGCGUCUUCGCUCCCACACCCGCGCUCAGGCGGCUCAGCAGCAGCAACAGCAGCACGCAACACAUGCUGCAAGCAACAAUGCCACCCAGACCGCCGUCGCGCCACAGCAGAAUGCCACCGCCACAGCUGGUACUAGGAGGGCAGGCACCUCCACCCGGCGUCCUCUUCGUCGGACUGGCAGUCUGGUGGUGACCGACAGCAACGGUCAGCCCCUCGCACGCUGUGAUGUGCAAGUCGGCGAAGAUGGCGUGCAUACUCUAGAUCGGCAGGGCAGCAUCACAUUCACCAGCGCCGCAAACUUGGCGCGCGAUAGUCAACGGAGUAACGACCAAGUGGCGAACAGCCAGUCGCAGCAAGCUGCCCCUUCGCAAGGCUCUUCCAACCCAAAGCCACUCGAGCGCUAUACCACUCCCGCACCCCGCCCGGUGCCCGACCAAGAGGACCCUCUCCGCGCGCCCCACCGCCCAACGACGCGCCCAGACCUCCGCAACCACCGCGUCUUCUUCGUGACCGACGAUGAAGACCCCGAGCUCGCCGAGAUCCCGAUCCCGCAGCACCAGCGCCCGCCCCAGCUCACGCAGACGGAGCUCCUGCGAGAGACCCACGCCGACGCGAUGCGCAACCAGCUCCGGCAGCUCAUGCUUCUCACCGACGAAGACCUCCUCGCGCUCCGGGAGACGGACGUCCUGCACGAGCUGUGGAAGUUCCAGCGCGAGCGUCUCGGUGAGAAAACGCGCAAGGGGCUCGGGCCCGAGGGCACGAUCCUCGUUGACGAAAAUGGCCAGGCGCUGAACCCGGAGCUCGAGCGGCAGGCGGAAGCCGCGGCUUACCCGCCCUUCUCGUUUGCCGCGUCUGAUGGACAGUCAUCGCAGGGCCUUCAGCCGACCGCCACGCCAUGCCCAAAUGCGCAGGCGCUGCGCUCGCCGUACCACCACAACCGUCCAGUCAACCCUAACUAUCACCGUCGGGCGAGCACUCACCGCCACCCGCGUCUCCCAGGCCCGACCAUUCUCUCGACGCCUGCCCGGCGCAUGGUGCAGACUCCCCACCGCCCCAAGAAACCUGCGCACGGUACUCCUGCCGGAUCCGCUCCUGGGUCCCCUACGCCGGCUCGCAAUGGCCCGGGGACGGGGAAGACGCCCGCGCGCCUCACCCGCCUCCUGCACCAGCCGUCCACCUCUGGCGACUGGGGCAGCCCCAGCGCGCAGGCCGCCCUGGUCAGGGACGCUAACGGGGCUGGCCCCAGCAGCGCGCCCGUGCACUUCCAGCAGCACCAGCCCGCGAUCCCUGUCGGUCACUCUGCCGGCCGGGGCGGACUCCUUCGCCGGGAGAUGGCUCUAGAGAACAUUCCUGAGGAUAGACCCCUCGCGGAGCGCUCCUUGAGCCCUUUGACGCCGAUGAGCAGCGAAGAGAUCCCCACGGAGUUGGAGGAGGAUGAGGACAGUACCCCUCAGCCGAGUGGCAAGGGGAAGCGACGGGUGUGAAUGCUCUUGAGUCUUGUGAAUUGCUCAGCGUAGAUUGUUUUCACGACGUCCAUUGUAUUGUUCUCUCAACCUACACAUCCCUUUUAUGAACCCGUAGAGCGAAGUUAUGCGAAACCAGGUUGCGAUUACUUACUUAUCUUAGUAGACAUCCUAAUCCAAUCCUAUGUAUCCAUGAACAGUAUCUGAGAGCCAAG